CGGCGGUGGGCCCGUGCGGGUCGGGGCACUUUGCGGGUCUCGGGGCUCUGCGGGUUCCGGCCGGAGUGGGCGCGGAGGGGCGCGGGCGGCGGAGCUGAGGCUGCACGGAGGGACGGGACCGGGGAUCUGUCGAUUCUCUCUCGACCUGCAGCAAAACAACUCCACAAAAAGAAACACCUUCAGAACAAAGAUGAAUAUUGGGAAAGCUUACAGUGCUGCUAACAUCAGCAAUGGAACAGAUCUAGCUAUUGGCUUUACCUCUUCCACAGUAGCUGUCCUUCUAUUUGGGACAAACUUUGUGCCUGUCAAGAAAUUUGAUACUGGUGAUGGCAUGUUCUUCCAGUGGAUUCUCUGUGCCUCCAUAUGGAUAGUUUCUUUGGUGGUCAAUUUGAUCCAGAAUUGCCCCCGGUUUUGGCCUCUCGCUAUGGUUGGAGGUUUUGUGUGGGCUACUGGCAAUGUUACAGUUGUCCCUAUUGUUAAAACUAUUGGCUUAGCUCUUGGUCUUUUGAUAUGGGCUUCUUUUAAUUUGCUGACAGGCUGGGCAAGUUCAAGGUUUGGUUGGUUUGGAAUUGACCCAGAAGAGGUAUCAAGACCAAUUUUAAAUUAUAUUGGAGCUGGACUUUCACUUAUAAGUGCGGUCAUAUUUCUUUUUAUAAAAACUGAAGUCCAGAGUUCUUCAACUUCAUUAGAAAGCACACCUUUACUGAGAGAAAGUUCUAUUAAUGUUUCUGAAGAUACCACUGAGGACUCAUGGGUGAAUAAGCUUUCUCCAGCAAAAAGAAGACUCAUAGGCUGUAGUCUGGCUGUGGUGGCUGGAAUACUCUACGGUUCCAGCUUUGUACCAGUACUUUACAUCAAGGACCAUGGAAGAAGAAAUGAAACUGUAUACACAGGAGCAAGUCAGUUUGAUUUAGAUUAUGUUUUUGCACACUUCAGUGGAAUAUUUCUUACUAGUACCAUCUACUUUUUGAUCUAUUGUGCAGUCAGGAAGAAUAAACCUUAUGUUUAUCCCCAAGCCAUAUUGCCAGGAUUUGUUUCUGGUGUGCUUUGGGCAAUAGCCAAUUGCUGCUGGUUCCUAGCCAAUCACUAUCUCAGUGCUGUUGUCAGCUUUCCAAUAAUUACUGCAGGUCCUGGCCUUGUUGCUGCAAUGUGGGGAGUCCUUGUAUUUAAGGAAAUUAAGGGACUGAAAAACUACGUGUUACUGUCAGUAUCAUUUUGCAUCAUUUUGGCAGGAUCACUUUCCACAGCUUUUUCUAAAGUCUGAAAGGACCUUCUGGACCAGCAGGUGGUGCUAGCAUUCAACACAAAUGCAAAGACUGUGUUGGUAGAUCACAAUACAUAAUAUUUUUCAAAAUGUAUGUCCAACAUUUACCCUAACUUACUUCAGCCAGGUGGAAAAUGAAAACAUUUGGCGUGAAAAAAAAUAUGGAAAUAGUUGUUUCUGUUUCUCUUGGAAUAGUAAGAAAAUCAAAGGACUUUAUUAAUCAAAGCUAAAUUAUUUUACUGUUACUAAAUAUUUGGUUUUUUUUCAUUCAGGUGCUAAACUUCAUGUCAUCAUAAAUUGCAGUUUACUGCUGUGAUGGUGGAUAAUGAUUUUAAUUCUAGUCUGUAAUACUGUAUGUGUUUGCAAGCUGAUUUGUUUUAUUAAAACAUUUUAUUUUACUGACUUAAAUAUAAGAUGCAUCUUGAAAUAUUCCUUAUGAAACUGAUACAUAUGAAGAUAAUAAAGAUUUUCUUUUAUUUAGAA